AUGGUAGGUUUGGUUGUAAUAUUGGAGAUGCUUGUUUCGUCAAGGCAGGUUCAAUGUCUGGAUGAAAAUAUCAUCAGUUUAAGGUUGAUGGCUUUUGUCGGCUCUCAGGUACUUUGUGGGCCACUAUUUGCGGGGUACCGAGUUGGUCUUCUUACGUGGUCACUCGACAAUUGA